CGGGGCCGGGCCGAGCCGCUGCCGGUGGGCGCAGGUGCGCGGUGCCCCGAGCCCCCCCCGGACACCCCCCGGGACGGCGAGGUCCCACCCGGGGCGGGGGCCACCAUGGGGCCACCAGCCCGUGUCCCCCUGCUCCUGGUCCUGCUCCUGCUGCUGGUGGUGGCCGAGAGGACGGCGUGGGCCACCUUCCCCGAGGAGCCCGGGCCCAUCUCCGUGGCCCCCCCGGACUAUGUCAAACACUACCCCGUGUUCGUGGGGCACGGCAGCAGCCGCCCGGGGGGGCCCGAGGGGGGGAUCCCCCAGCGCCUCAACAUCCAGCGCAUCCUCAAGGUCAACAGGACCCUCUUCAUCGGGGACAGGGACAACGUGUACCGGGUGAGCCUGGAGCCCAGCGGGGCGGGGGAGCUGCGCUACCACCGGAAGCUGACGUGGCGCUCGAACCAGCACGACAUCAGCAUCUGCCGGAUGAAGGGGAAGCACGAGGCAGAGUGUCGGAACUUCGUGAAGGUGCUGCUGGUGAGGAACGAGAGCCUCCUGUUCGUGUGCGGCACCAACGCCUUCAACCCCGUCUGCGCCAACUACAGCAUGGACACGCUGGAGCCCGUCGGGGACAACAUCAGCGGCAUGGCCCGGUGUCCCUACGACCCCAAACACGCCAACGUGGCCCUGUUCACAGGGGGGAUGCUCUUCACGGCCACCGUGACGGAUUUCCUGGCCAUCGACGCCGUCAUCUACCGCAGCCUCGGGGACAGCCCCACCCUGCGCACCGUCAAACACGACUCCAAGUGGUUCAAAGAGCCCUACUUCGUGCACGCCGUGGAGUGGAGGAGCCACGUCUACUUCUUCUUCCGGGAGAUCGCCAUGGAGUUCAACUACCUGGAGAAGGUGGUGGUGUCGCGGGUGGCCCGGGUGUGCAAGAACGACAUGGGGGGCUCCCAGCGGGUGCUGGAGAAGCAGUGGACCUCCUUCCUCAAGGCUCGGCUCAACUGCUCUGUGCCGGGCGACUCCCACUUCUACUUCAACGUCAUCCAGGCCGUGACGGACAUCCUGGAGCUGGACGGGCGCCCCGUGGUUCUCGCCGUCUUCUCCACGCCCGCCAACAGCAUUCCCGGCUCGGCCGUCUGCGCCUUCGACAUGGCCCAGGUGGCCGCGGUGUUCGAGGGGCGGUUCCGCGAGCAGAAGUCGCCCGAGUCCAUCUGGACGCCCGUGCCCGAGGACAUGGUGCCAAAGCCACGGCCGGGGUGCUGCGCGGCCCCGGGGAUGCGCUACAACUCCUCCAGCGCCUUCCCCGACGAGAUCCUCAACUUCGUCAAGACACACCCGCUGAUGGACGAGGCGGUGCCGGCCCUGGGGAACGCGCCCUGGAUCCUCCGCACCAUGAGCCGGUACCAGCUCCGCAGGAUCGUGGUGGACACGGCGGCGGGGCCGUGGGGCAACCAAACCGUGGUGUUCCUGGGCUCCAGCACCGGCACCGUCCUCAAGUUCCUCAUCCUGCCCAACGCCACCAGCGCCACCACGGCCACCGCCCCCGGCAGCCAGAGCGUCUUCCUGGAGGAGUUUGAGACCUACCAGCCCGGGAGGUGUGGCCGGGACACGGAGGACGAGCGGCGGCUCCUGGGGCUGGAGCUGGACAAGGCAGCGGGGUCCCUGCUCCUGGCUUUCCCCCCGUGCGUGGCCAGGGUGCCCGUGGCUCGCUGCCAGCAGCACUCGGGCUGCAUGAAGAACUGCCUCGGGAGCCGGGAUCCCUACUGUGGCUGGACAUCGGAGGGCUCCUGUGUCUUCCUGGAGCCCAGUCCCAGGGCGUCCUUCGAGCAGGACAUCGCCGGCGGCAGCACGUCCCACCUGGGCGAGUGCGAGGGGCUGGUGACCGAGAGCUUCGUGGACGAGCCGGACGGGCUGGUGUCGGUGAACCUGCUGGUGAUCUCGUCGGUGGCCGCCUUCGUGAUCGGCGCCGUGAUCUCCGGCUUCAGCGUGUGCUGGUUCAUCGGGCACCGCGACCGCAAGGAGCUGGCGCGGCGCAAGGACAAGGAGACGAUCCUGGCGCACAGCGAGUCGGUGGUGAGCGUCAGCCGGCUGGGCGAGCGGCGGGCGCGCGGCGCCCUGCUGGCCCCGCUGAUGCCCAACGGGUGGCCCAAGGAGCUGGGCAAGGUGGCCCAGCACGACCUGGACUCGGGGGUGCUGCCCACGCCGGAGCAGACCCCGCUGCAGCAGAAGCGCUGCCCCGGCGCCCUCCAGAACUGCAGCUGGGAGCAGAGCCACAACAUCAUCAACGCGGCUUUGCGGGACCCUGGGGGCGGCUCCGGCACGGCCGGCGCCGGGCGCGGGCACGGCGGCUCGGGCCGAGCGCAGCGGGGCAUCCCCCUCUCCUGCCACGCCAUCCUGGUGGACCAGGAGCUGGAGGCCGAACUCAGCGACUCCUCAGGUGACGGGCACUGGGGUCGGGACCCCCAGGAGGGUCCCCGCGCCCGGCAGCACCCCCACCCCGCCGCCGCCGGCGCCCGGCGCCCGCCCCGCAGCUCCUACGGCGAUUUCGGCAGCACGCCGCGCCCCAGCCCCGAGCGCCGGCGGGUGGUCUCGGCGCCCAGCGGGGACGGGGGGGACUUUGCCGAGGGGCCGUCCUGGCACCCCGAGCAGCUGAACUUCAACGCCAACAACGGCACGGGCCGCCCCGCGGGCGCCCACCUCAAGAGGAACCACACGUUCAACAGCGGCGAGGCCGCGGCGGGCGGCUACGGGCGGCACGGGGGGACGGCCCCGCGGGCCCCGCGGGCACCGGGCACCCCGCGGGCGCUGACGGACCUGCACCACCUCCUGCGCUACGGCGUGGAGCGGACUCCCUCGGGGAAAUAGGGUGCCCACCCUGCGUGCGUCCCCCUCGCCAGGACACUGAUGGGGGGCCCCCCCCGGCUCCCUGGGGGCAGGGAGGGGGUGGCCGGGCAGGAGCUGCGGGCGUGGGGUGAGGGGCGGGACAGGCGCCCCCCGGGUGCCCCCGGAGAGGGUUUGGGGGUGUCCCCCGGUGCCGUGGGGCGGUGCCCUGCGCUCCGGCUGCUUGGCCCCGUAUGCCGGGGGAGGGGAGGGGGGUCCGUCCAUCGUGUCCCCUCCCCAGGCUGGACUCAGGGCCCGCAGCACCCUGGGAGGGGGAUCCCUGGGGGGCAGCAGGAUGGACGCACGGACACGGGCACUGCGCGGUGCCCCCCAGCCCCUCGCCCGUCGGGGGCACCCUGAGGGGCUUCUGGGUGCUGCCACCCCCCCCUCUCCAGGGGAUACCUGGCCCGGGGGGGCCACCGGGGUGCGUUGGUUGUGGUGAUGGAACGUGGUGAACAUUUGGGGUGCGGGGGGGGGUGGGGGCCCCCCAAGCGUGUGUGUUAUCUGGGGAUGGGGUGCGCUCAGCCCCCAGUCCGGGGUCAACCCCUGCUCGGUGCCAGCUUGGGGGGUGCUUUUCCACCCCUCCCGCAGCACCCCCUCCUGGAAAGCACAGCCGGGCUGGGGGGGCACCGCUGGGGCUGGGGGGGGGGGUCCCCACCGAACCCACUCUCUGCUGGCAAAGGGUGCCCUUUCGGUGCCACCCCCGCCUGGCACCCACGCGGGGUGGCGGGUCGCGGGGGGGGUGGCAGGUCCCCGGGGGGGGUGGCAGGUCCCCAGGGGGUGGCAGGCUGUAAAUAGGGGCGGGGGGCGGCGGGAGCCUCCCCCCCCCCCGCGGCCAUGCAUGCGGCCGCCCGCGGGCUGUACCCGCGGCCCCAAUAAACACCCGGUUACGGGAGGCGACUCCCCCCCG